UGGCCACGUUAGCCGCGCAGGACCGUUAAAUUUGAAACUUGGCGGCUAAGAAUGAGGACGUGAGACGGUCGGUUUGUGAGGGAGUUCGGUGAAUGCUUUUGUCCUGGAGCACCCCUGGUCCCUUGGGUAGCUCUAGGAGUAGGUUUCUGAAGGAAGCCCAGACGGUUGGCGGUCCUGAGGAAAGAUCGAUCGAGAGCGAGAGCAUGAGCGGGGAACGCCGGAUGGCGGCGACGAAGGAGGGGGUAGCUCUUAGUGAAGCCAUGUCCCUGGAAGGAGAUGAAUGGGAGCUGAGUAAAGAAAAUGUACAACCCUUAAGGCAGGGACGAAUUAUGUCCACUCUUCAGGAAGCUCUGGCACAGCAAGAAUCUGCCUGUAACACAACUCUUCAGCAGCAGAAAUGGGCAUUUGAAUCUGAAAUUCGAUUUUAUGCUGGAAAUGACCCUCUGGAUGUUUGGGAUAGGUAUAUUAAUUGGACAGAACAAAACUAUCCUCAAGGUGGGAAGGAGAGUAACAUGUCAACAUUAUUAGAAAGAGCUGUAGAAGCACUACAAGGAGAAAAACGUUACUAUAGUGAUCCUCGAUUUCUCAAUCUCUGGCUUAAAUUGGGGCAUUUAUGCAAUGAGCCUUUGGAUGUGUAUAGUUAUUUGCACAACCAAGGGAUUGGCAUUUCGCUUGCUCAGUUCUACAUUUCAUGGGCUGAAGAAUAUGAAGCUAGAGAAAACUUUAAGAAAGCAGAUGCAAUAUUCCAGGAAGGGAUUACACGGAAGGCUGAACCACUAGAAAGAUUGCAGUCCCAACAUAGGCAAUUCCAAGCUCGAGUAUCACGACAAACUCUUUUAGCACUUGAGAAAGAAGAGGAGGAGGAAGUUUUGGGACCUUCAGUACCACAACGAAGUACACUAGCUGAACUCAAAAGCAAAGGGAAAAAGACAGCAAGAGCUCCAAUCAACCGUGUAGGAGGUGCUCUCAAGGCUCCAAGCCAGAACAGAGGAUUCCAAAUUCCAGUUCCUCAGCAGAUGCAAAAUAAUCGUAGAAUUACUGUUUUUGAUGAAAAUGCUGAUCAGGCUUCUAGAGCAGAGUUGUUUAAGCCCAUGAUCCAGCCAUGGAUGGCACCACCUGUCCCCAGAGCUAAAGAGAAUGAACUACAUGCAGGCCCUUGGAACACAGACAGGCCCUUGGAAUACAGGCCUCAUGGCAAUAUAGCUUCUGUGACAACUGUACCCCCUGUUGUUCCCAGUUUUACUCCAUAUGUGGAAGAGACUGCACAACAGCCAGUUAUGACACCAUGUAAAAUUGAACCCAGUAUAAACCACAUUCUAAGCACCAGAAAGCCUGGAAAGGAAGAAAGAGAUCUUCUGCAAAGAGUUCAAAGCCAUCAGCAAGAGUCUGAGGAAAAGAAAGAGAAGAUGAUGUAUUGUAAGGAGAAGAUUUAUGCAGGAGUCGAGGAAUUCUCCUUUGAAGAAAUUCGAGCUGAAGUUUUUCGGAAAAAAUUGAAAGAGCAGAGGGAAGUUCUCGGCGGACACAACAUCUUUGUUGUAGAGCUGUUGACCAGUGCAGAGACAAGAGCACAAAUGCAGAAACAGAUUGAAGAGAUGGAGAAAAAGCUAAAAGAAAUCCAAACUACUCAGCAAGAAAGAGCAUGUGAUCAGCAAGAAGAGAAGAUAACUACAAAGAAGGAAGCUGAAUUGAAAAUUGCUUCCCGGUUUCAGGAAAUACCCAGAAUGGCUCUAUGCAGUUCUGUUUGUCCUCGAAACUCUUGUCCUAGGGAAACUUCACUUGCAGAAAGCAUUUGUCAAGAACAACUUCACUCUAAAGGUCCCAGUAUACCUUUCUCCAUUUUUGACGAAUCUCUUCUUUCAGAAAAAAAGAAUGAAAGUUCUCCUGAAGAGCUCCCAAAGGGCUUAGCCCAACGAAGACCCCUUGCAGUACUGAAAACUACAGAAAGCAUCACCUUAAAUGAGGAUGUCUCUCCAGAUGUUUGUGAUGAACUUACUGGAAUUGAGCCCUUGAGUGAGGAUGCCAUUAUCACAGGAUUCAGGAAUGUAACUAUUUGUCCUAACCCAGAAGACACUUGUGACUUUGCUAGAGCAGCUCAUUUUGCAUCCACUCCUUUUCAUGAGAUAAUGUCUUUGAAGGAUCUCCCUUCUGAUCCUGAGAGACUAUUGCAGGAAGAGGAUCUAGAUGCAAAGACUUCUGAGGAGCAGCAGACUGCAUGUGGCACCAUCUACAAUCAAACCCUCAGCAUCAAGAAACUGAGUCCAAUUAUUGAAGAUAGUCGUGAAGUCACCCACUCUUCUGGCUUCUCUGGAUCUUCUGCCUCAGUCUCAAGUACCUCCUCUAUCAAAAGUCUUCAGAUUCCUGAGAAACUGGAGCUUACUAAUGAGACUACAGAAAACCCCAUUCAGUCACCCUGGUGUCCUCAGAGUCGCAGACAACUACUAAAAUCCCUACCAGAGUUAAGUGCUUCAGCAGAGUUUUCUGUAGAAGAUAGACCAAUGCCUAAACUGGAAAUAGAGAAGGAAAUUGAAUUAGGUAAUGAGGAUUACUGUAUUAAACAAGAAUACCUGAUAUGUGAAGAUUAUAAGUUAUUUUGGGUGGCAUCAAGAAACUCUGCAGAGCUAACCAUAAUAAAGGUAUCUUCUCAAUCCAUCCCAUGGGACUUUUACAUCAACCUCAAGUUAAAGGAACGUUUAAAUGAGGAGUAUGAUCACUUUUGCAGCUGUUAUCAAUAUGAAGAUGGCUAUAUUGUUUGGUACCAAUAUGUAAACUGUUUCACCUUGCAGGAUCUUCUCCAGCACAGUGAAUUUAUUACCCAUGAAAUAACAGUGUUGAUUAUUUAUAAUCUUUUGACAAUAGUGGAAAAACUACACAAAGCAGAAAUAGUCCAUGGGGACUUGAGUCCAAGGAGUUUGAUUCUAAGAAACAGAAUCUACGAUCCCUAUGAUUAUAAUAAGAACAGUCAAGCUUUGAAGAUAGUGGACUUUUCCUACAGUGUUGACCUUAGGGUGCAGCUAGAUGUUUUCCCCCUCAAUGGCUUUCGGACUAUACAGAUCCUGGAAGGACAAAAGAUCCUGGCUAACUGUUCUUCUCCCUACCAGGUAGACCUGUUUGGUAUAGCAGAUUUAGCACAUUUACUAUUGUUCAAGGAGCACCUACAGGUCUUCUGGGAUGGGUCCCUCUGGAAACUUAGCCAAAAUACUUCUGAGCUAAAGGAUGGUGAACUGUGGAAUAAGUUCUUUGUGCGGAUUCUGAAUGCCAGUGAUGAGUCCACAGUGUCUAUUCUGAGGGAACUUGCAGCAGAAAUGAAUGGGGUUUUUGAUACCACAUUCCAAAGUCACCUGAACAAAGCUUUAUGGAAGGUAGGGAAGUUAAUUAGUCCUGGGGCUUUGCUCUUUCAGCAAGAUAGGCAGUCAGGUCUCUCAUAGAUUUCUGCUUAAAAUCAAUGGUUGUAUUGUGGAACCCUGGGUCUGUAUACGCUGUAAUUUAACUUAGGACACAUUUAGAGGCACUACCAAUACUUCUCUACUUUUGAGUAGAGGUAUAUUUCUUAAGUUACUGGCAUUUUUAACACAGUAGUGAACCUACUCUUAGCCUUAUCUAACUGUAACAAAGAACUGUUUUAUGCUAAAUGAAUUCCAUAUGAAUGGAUACUUUGUUGUCAUUUAACCCUUUUGCUUUUACUUUGUCCUGUACUUUUUUCCAAUUUGUAAUAUGUGCUCUUAUGGUCACCAUGUAUUUUAUAAAUAAUAAAAUAGUAUUUGUUAAUUUUGUGCUUCUAACAUUUCAUCUACUUUUUGCAAAGUGGUUUAAUUUUAUAGAUAGGAGCUAUUUGACCGGAAAUUGACAUAUCCCAGAUCUGUAACAAUUACAAUAGGAUUAUAAUAGGACAGAAUAGUGAAUCAUUUUUUUAGGUGUUUCUGACUUUCCAGUAAAAGUGGUCUAGAUCAAAAAGUAGGUAAAACACCGAAUUGCCUUAAAUUUCAGGUGGCAAAAUUAUAUUUUGUAUAUAUGGCUUGUAUUUUUAUCUGUCAACCCUUGGUAUAUUUAUAUAACCUAGUAGUGUUGCUGCUACUGGGUCUAUUGAUUUAGGAAUGUGGUUGUUAGAAAGGUAAAGAAAAGACUUGGAACAGGGUUUAGCAACCUUUCACAAUUAUUAUUAUUCUAUUAUUACAUGCGGAAUGAAUUAGAUCAAGAAAAGAUCAGUGAAGGAAUAAAAGGAGAUUCUUGUUUAGAAGAUUUAAGGAAGCAGGAGGUCAGAAUAAAAAGAUAACUUUAAAGCAUAGAGUAAUUUGGGAGAGACUAGGUCUCAAUGAAGAACUGGACACCCAAGUAGAAUUGUAAAUUAUACCUGACCUUGGGAAUAUAGAAGAAAAUUGUAGAAAAGAGGAAUGAAAACAUCUAAUUGACUAUUUCAUAUUGGAAUAUCAAGAUUAUCUAAUGUUCUUACAUGCUGGUGCCUGUUUUUGUUUUUUUUUUUUUUCAUUCUAGUCACUGCUCUAAAAUUGCUAAAAAGAAGAGUAUCCUAAGUAUAUCUCAACUAAAAAUAUUUAAACAUACUGUAUAUAGUUGAAGCAGUGAAAUGACUUGGAUCUGAAAGAUGAUCAACUUAGAAAUAUUUGCUCUUAACCAGAAGACAGCUCUUUAAACAUUCUCACAUUUGCUUCUCAUACUGAUUAUGUUAAAUGAUACAUGUGUAUCUUUUCUGUAAUCAAGUCCUUUCUCUCUGCUCUGUUCACUUGAUUUCUCAAUCCACUGAGUUGACACACAGUCAUUACUCUGAGACUGGAUAGUAAAUGUAGAUUUACAUUUACCUUCCCCUGUCACACACACCUCUCUCUCUCUCUCUCUCUCUCUCUCUCUCUCUCUCUCUCUCUCUCAGGAUUGAACAAUCCAGGGGCACUUUGCCGCUGAGCUAAUCUCCAGCCUUUGGAUUUUGAGAUAGGGUCUUGCUCAGUUGUUGAGGCUGGCCUCAAUAAUUCUCCUGCUUCAGCUUCCUUUGUCACUGGAAUUACACAUGUAUAACACUGUGCCUAGCUGAGCUUUGACCUUAAUUGGGGUCCUUGGUUCCACCAAAGACAUAAAAGCUAUGAAUCUUAAUAGGAUAAAGGUAGCAUUUUAUCUUAUGUGGAUUUUUGUUCAUCCUCUACUCUACUUCACCCUGACCUAGAGUUUAUUCUUUCUAGCUCUGGGGUGUUCUCCUAACCCAAUUUAGGGACCACACUCAGGCUCAUCCUAAGCACCCAACAGCCUGAGAAGGUAAAAACUAAAGAAAAACAUAGACCAGGAAGCCCAGUUCUAAUCAGUGUUCUUUAAAAUUGUGUUUUAGUUUGAACAUAUUUGUAUUAAACAGGAGUUGAGAAAAAUCAGAAGAAAACCACAGACAAAAAGUAAGGUUUUAUUCAUUCAUAAUCCCCCUAAUAUUUACAGUCACUACUGUUAAUAUUUUGCCUAUAUAUUUGUGUUAGUUUGUCAGGGCAAGCAAAAUAUCACAAACUGGCAGCUUAAACCACAGAAAUAUGUUGUCUCAUAGUCCGGGAAAAUGGAAUUCCCAAAAUCAAGGUCCAGCUGUCUAGUUUCUCCUCAGGCCUCUCUCCGUGGCUAAAGUGGCCACCUGCUUCCUGAGUCCUUUCUUUGCCCAAGCAACUUAGUAAGAUCCUGUCUCAAAAUAAAUAAUAAAAAGGACUGGGGAUAUGGCUCAGUGGUGAAGCACCCCUAUGUUCAAUUCCCACUGCCAAAAAUAAAAUAAUUCAACAUAGCUACCUAUUGUCCUCCAAAAAAAAAAAAAAAUUAAAAACACUAUACACUCAAUUUAGUUACAGUUAGUCUUCUCUCAGAAUCCUCAAAGGAUUGGUUCUAGGACCCCCACCCUCACCCCAUGGAUACCAAGAUCCACAGACACUCAAACCCUUAUAUAAAAUUAUGUAGUAGUAUUUUUUUCAUAUGCCUAUUUAUAUUAUGUACUUUAAAUCAUCUCUAAAUUAUAAUUAUAAAUGUGUAAUUAUAACCUAUUAUAAUAGAAAUGCAUUAUAAAUAGUCGUAAACAUUUUUAGAGAAUAAUAGCAAGAAAAAGUCUACAUGUUCACUACACAUGCAAAUUUUUUUUAAAAUAUUUUUUUAGUUGUAAAUGGACACAUUACCUUUAUUUAUUUUAUGUGUUGCUGAGGAUUGAACCCAGUGCCUCAUACAUGCUAGGCAAUUACUCUACCACUGAGCUAUAAGCCCAGCUGCUACACAUAUAAUUUUUUCUAAAUAAAAUUUUAAAUCAGGGUUAAUUGAAUCUGAAUGUGUAGAGCCAAUGGUAUGCAGCAAAUAUUUACAUCAUUUUUCAUCUACAUUAUCUCAAGUUUUUAUGAGUUUGCUUCUCCCAUAGCCCGUUUAUGCCAAAUCAGAACACUUCAAUGGUUUCCCAUCUUAAGUGACCCAAAAUCCAAAGACUUGAUUAUGGCCUACAAAAUACCAUCUGCUUUAAUCCUAGUUCUUUGACCUCUUCCCAGACCCCUUUUCCUUGCUCAUUCCACUAUAGUCUGUCUGCCUCUUUAGUAUUUCUUAAACAUGCCUGCUUGUUUUCCUCUUUAUGGCUUUUUUACUUGCCAUCUCUUCUGCCUAGAGUUGUUUUCCCCUGAUCUUCUGUGGAUGCUUUCUCAAAUCACUGUAUCAGAGAUGCCUUCCCUGACCAGUCUGUUUACACAGCAUCCCACACAUUCACUAUUACUUUCUGUCCCCUUUUACCUGUUUUUAUUUCUAUAGCACCUAUCACUGUGUGUUUGUGUGUGUGUGUGUGUGUGUGUGUGUGUAUACACUUCUUUUUUUCCAAUCCCACUAUCAGAUUUUAAGUUCCUUAAGGGCAGGGAUUUACUUUAUUUCCUAUUUUAACCUUAAUGCCUACAACAGUGCCUCUAUGAAUAAAACUAUUUUUAGUUUUAUUUAAAAUUUAAAAUUUUUAUUAAAAUUUAAAACUAUUUACCCUACCCUAAAGCUUAAAAAAAAAAAAAAAA